ACUUUUAUUCGAAGCAUGAUUCAAACGACAAGAACGAAAAUUUUCUACAGGUACGCACGCUUUGCCAAUUUCAAAAUAUACAGUUUGAGACGACGUGUAGCGGAAUACUUAUCGAACAAGUUCCACGAACAAAGAGUACGCGAGUUAGGACCGGACCUUGCUUGUUUAGAAUGGUUGAUGGAGUGCGGAUCAACGCAGGUUUGGUCAUUAGUUAGUCGAAAAAUAACGGUGUUCUAUCGCAGAAGGUUGGCGAUUUAUGGACAAAACUUCUGUCUCGAGUCUGCAUCAACUAUACUCUUCUCUUGGCCGAGUUCUAUCAUAAGUUCAUUUUUUGAGAGAUUGACCGACUCAGCAAUUGCAGACGAGGGCUUCAAAUACUUCCACGAUCUCAAACGCCUUGAAGUGUUGAAAAUGAAUUUUUGCGAUUAUUUUGGUGAUGACGCUAUUAGGGAGCUGGCUAUAAGCAGACCAGCAUCCACUUUGCGUGAUAUCGAAAUUGUUCUAAACCCCGCAUUGACAGAUGGAGCAGUCUAUUGGUUAAGCAGACUCAAAGCACUCAGACGUGCUCACUUCUAUUUCCUGCCGUAUGUUUCAAACAGGCAAUCGUUCCUUCGUCAGCUGAAGUUGGCUGUACCCAGGUGUCAUGUGACGUUUCCUGAAAAGAGCAAGUAUUGCAAUUGCCGCCUAUACACAUAUAUGGAGAAGCUGUGA